AGAACCAGCCAGAUUUGAGAAGCAGGCAACAUGCUGCUUGAGAACCCAGCUGUGGUGGUGCUGUUGUUGCUGCCCUGGAUUGCUCAAGGCCGGGCUGUGCCUGGGGGUGGCAACCCUGCCUGGGACCAGUGUCAGAAGCUUUCACAGAAGAUCUGCACAUUGGCCUGGAAUGCACACUCACCAGUGGGACACAUGGAUCUUCUAAGAGAAGAGGAAGAUGAAGAGACUACAGAUGAAGUCCCCCAUAUCCAGUGUGGGGAUGGCUGUGAUCCACAAGGACUCAGGGACAACAGCCAGUUCUGCUUGCAAAGGAUCCACCAGGGUCUGGUUUUUUAUGAGAAGCUUCUGGGCUCCGAUAUUUUCACAGGGGAACCUUUUCUGCUGCCUGAUGGUCCUGUAAGGCAGCUUCAUGCCUCCCUUUUAGGCCUCAGUCAACUCCUGCCGCCUGAGGGUCACCACUGGGAAAUUCAGCAGAUUCCUAUCCCCAGUUCCAGCCAGCCAUGGCAGCGCCCCCUUCUCCGCAUCAAGAUCCUUCGCAGCCUCCAGGCCUUUGUGGCAGUAGCUGCUCGUGUCUUUUCCCAUGGAGCAGCAACUCUGAGCCCCUAA